UCAUCAUCCUUAGCCGGACAAAAAAAUUCGUGAUUGCUGUCAAAAUCGCACGCCCUGUUAAGCUAAUAUUGUUGUGUUGAAUCUGAUCACUUGGACCAAUGAUGGACAAAUUGAGACGUGCUCUUAGUGGGAAUGAUGGUGGAGACGAAGAAAGAGGCUUUGUUGCUCAGGUGGUCGAGUCCUCUUCGUUGGGAUGGGGUACACGUGUCAAAGGAUUCAUUGCCUGCUUCGUUAUUGGAAUAGUUUUAUCCAUCAUUGGCUCUGUUUGCUUGUUUUUUGGCAGUAGAGGACUUGUUGCAUUUUCUGUGUUUUACACUACCGGAAACCUUGUUGCUCUUGUCAGCACCUGUUUUUUGAUGGGCCCAAUAAACCAAUGCAAAAAAAUGUUCUCUCCCACUAGAGUAGUGGCAACAGUUUUGGUAUUUGUUUGCCUUAUUCUAACUCUCCUCUCUGCAUUCCUGUGGAAAAAGAGCGGGCUUGCCCUUGUAUUCUGUAUCAUUCAGUUCCUGGCCAUGACUUGGUACUCUUUAUCGUACAUUCCGUACGCCCGAGAUUUAGUAAAGAAAACUGUUUCUACAUGCAUGGGAUAAACAAAAAUUAUUAUUUAAAAAUUCGUGAAAUGCCGUAAGUAAGUCCAUUUUGUUUUCACCUGAUUCUGAUGUACAGAAAAAGCUGUAACCCCAUAUCACUUGUGUCUUCUACAUCUAUAAGUGUGCCUUUCUUUCUAUUAUAGUUACCCGCACUAAUUCUUGUAUGUUAAAUUGUUUUAAUUGCAACCAUCCCCCUUCUCCAAGUAUUUGUGCGUCAGCGUUCAAAUAAACUGUUCAUAUUAUU